CUCCAUCUACCCGUCCCUUAUCCGCCCGCCAGCCGACGCCCCCUUCUGCGGGAGACACUGCGCACUCGCGCGGGCGUGGGGGUGAUGCGGCCGCUCGCCGGCUGAGAAGGCUGCAUUGCCAGCGAAACGCUGCAGGCAGGCCCCGAACAGCCAGGCCGAAAGGCAGGCAGCUCCCCUGCGUCUCCUCGCGUGGGUUCCGCAGGACUCGGGUCUAGUCGGGGCUCGUUUCCUCCGCCUCCUUUCCGUGCGCAGCUCGGUGCAGCCUCGUCCUCAGCGUCGCCUUCUUCACCUACCGCCGCCUGCUUUUCUGCACCACCUUCAUCGCGGGGGGGUGGGGGCGGUUGCUGGCUGAGUCUGACCACCUGCAUGUUCUUCACGGGAGGCUCUGGCGGCAGACCCGGCCGCGGCGCUGCUGUCCUCCGCGUGGGUGCGCGGCGGCGCUUCCUGCCGGUUCCAGGGCGCCACGGAGGGCGGGGCAGCCCGCCGCCGGCCGACCAGUUUCCGUUCCAGCCGUCUAAUGGAUUGCUGUACUCUUACGGGAGUGGCCGCGCAGUAGGUUUGUUUACACCGCUUCACCCCAAACACGUGAGGAAUGCAUUGCACUGUGAAGUUCAUGCCGUGGAGGGGGUAGUGAAGGAGGUGGUGGAGCAUGCCAAGGAGGCUGGAGAGAAAGCCAUUGCCGAAGCCUUCAAGAAGGCCCAGGAGACAGGGGGCAACGUGGUAAAGGAAGUCACUGAGACUGUCACCCACACAGUCACAAAUGCUAUCACCCAUGCAGCGGAAGGCCUGGGCAACCUGGGACAGUGACCACGCCCCAGACUCUUCCUGAAUCUCAAUAAAGAGCUGUGAAAUGUG